CAUGCUUUGUAGGUGGGCGACACUGAGGAAGCCCAGUUUUUAACCUCACCGAUAUACCGCGUCCUUGUUCGCGACACUGCAGACGACAAGGAGUAUGCAUUGUAAACACUUGAUAUGUGUAUUAGAGCGUAUACAGUGGUAGUAUUCCACGUGGACUUCGAAAAAUGUCUUCCGUCUUUUUCUUCAGCUUCGUAGAUCUGACCACACUUUUUAUUUUCUUCAUUGUGUUUUUGUUCCUGAUCUACACGAUGUCAUCACCGCGUACAAGCAUUCCUGGACCUUUUGCAUUACCGUUUGUUGGAAAUCUACCUCGCUUCAUUGGAAUGGGAGCAAGAAAACACAUAGAAUUUUUAAAAUUAAGCAGAAAGUAUGGGGACGUGUUUCGUCUAUAUAUUGGACCGUAUAUGCUUGUUUUUAUAUGUGGUUAUAAAAACAUUCAUGAAGCGUUUGUUAAACAUGCGUCGAGCUUCAGCCAUCGUCCAAACUGGCUUCCUGCCAUCAAAGAGAGAGCGGAAAAAUAUGGAUAUGGAAUUGUGUGGGGUAAUGGAGAUCAUUGGAAAAAAGUACGUCGCUUUUCUCUACAGACAAUGAGAGAUUUUGGUGUAGGAAAGAAAUCACUGGAAGAAAUAAUACUAGAUGAGGCGAGGUUGCUAGGCGAUGAGCUUGCGUCAAAGGAAGGUCAGCCAAUCAGCGAUGUAAAACACAUGAUGACGUUGUCAAUAAGUAACGUCAUUCAUCACAUUGUGUUUGGCUUCCGUUAUCCCCAUGAUGACAAAACAUUUCUUAAGGUGAUUAAACUGUUGGAUGACAUAUUUAAAAAUAGCGGAGCAGUGACAGGGUCUCUUCCAAAAUGGUGUCAGUUUGGAAAACUGAAGUCACGUAUUCAGACUAGUAAGAAAGCGCUUGAUCUCCUUGGAGAAUAUAUAGUAAACCAGAUAGCAGAACAUGAAAACACAUAUGAUGAAAAUAACAUAAGAGAUUUCAUUGAUCUAUACAUUCAAGCCCAGCAUGCUGAAGAAAGAAUAGAAGGAAAUGAUACAGGAACAGUUCAUCAUUUGUUCCGAGUAAUAUUGGAUUUGUUUAGCGCUGGUACAGAGACAACCGGAACCUCUCUAGACUGGGCUUUACUCUAUAUGAUAGGGUAUCCCGAGAUUCAACAAAAAUGUUUCACCGAAAUAGAAAAGGUUGUUGGCUUGGGACGAGAAGUUCGUUUGUCGGACAAGAGCUAUCUGCCUUACGUCGAGGCAACGCUUUUAGAAGUUCUACGAAUCUCAAAUAUUGCAAGUAUGUCUUUACCACACAUGGCGACAGCAGAUGUACACAUAUCUGGUCAUAGGAUACCGAAAAACGCUAUUGUGUUUGGAUUUUUAACAACAUCACAUUUAGACCCGACACAUUUUCCUGAACCAUAUAUUUUCCGGCCAGAACGAUUUCUUGAUGAUGUCACUGCAACAGUUCAGUAUCAAGACAGAUUUAUACCUUUUUCAGUCGGACCCAGAGCGUGUCCAGGAGAAUCCUUAGCAAAAACAGAAAUGUUUCUCGUGUUUUGUAAUCUUAUUCAAAAGUUCCGAUUUUCUAAAGUAUCUGAAGAUGAUGUACUGAACUAUUCCGGAACAACCGGUGUCACGACAUGUGCUGACCCAUACCGACUUAAAGUAAACUUACGGCAUCAGAACAAAAUGUCUAAAACAAUUUUGGGAUCCGUGAUGGAUUCUUCUUGGGUAAAAUUGUACUCGGUCUCCUUCCUUGAUUUCUUCGAUAUGACCACUAUCUUUAUUUUCACUCUUGUGUUUUUGACACUGGUAUUUGUGAUGGGUAGACCUAGAACUUCUAUACCGGGACCAUUUGCGUUCCCAUUCAUUGGAAAUUUACCUCAGUUUAUACGUAUGGGAAGCAAACGACAUUUGGAGCUUUUGUCACUUCGCAAGAAAUACGGAAACGUGUUCCGUAUGUAUGUGGGACCCUAUUUGAUGGUUUUCAUUAGCGGAUAUGAAAAUAUCCAUGAUGCUUUUGUGAAACAUGCAGCUCAAUUCAGCGAUCGUCCAAACUGGUUACCCGACAUUCAAAAGAGGAUGAAAAAGACUGGCCACGGUCUUGUUUGGGCUAAUGGGGAAAAUUGGAAAAAAAUACGUCGGUUUGCCCUACACAGUUUGCGCGAUUUCGGUGUUGGGAAGAAAUCUCUGGAGGAAGUUAUCCAAGACGAGGCAAAAUUACUCGGUGACAUUUUCGCCUCCAAGGAAGGUGAAGCGGUAGCAGACGUUAAGCGGAUGAUGACGACAUCCAUCAGUAACGUUAUUCAUCACGUGGUUUUUGGGUUCAGGUAUCUACAUGAUGAUGAGAAAUUCCUGGGUUUGAUUGAUGCGUUUGACGUCUUAUUUAAAGGGCCUGGGCCGGUUUUGCAAUCAAUCCCUAACUUUUUACAGUUGGGAGGGAGGACUGCCGCGAAGGAGAGGCAAAAAGCAGGUGACAUUAUACUUGAAUACAUCCGACAUCAGAUUGCAGAGCACGAGAAAACUUAUGAUGAAAAUAACAUCAGAGAUUUCAUAGAUCUGUAUAUUCAAGCAGAGAGAGAAGAAGGGGGAAUAGAAGGAAAAGUUCAUCACAUGUUCAGAGUCAUCAUGGAGCUUUUCACAGCUGGCACUGAAACUACAGGAACAUCCCUGGAUUGGACCUUUUUGUAUAUGAUAAGUUACCCCGAGGUUCAACGGAAAUGUUAUGAAGAAAUAAAGGAGGUUAUUGGUGUGGAAAGAGAGGUGCGUCUAUCCGACAGGACAAAUAUUCCUUAUGUUGAAGCCACGCUAAUGGAAGUGCAGAGAUUAGCAAACAUUGCGAGCUCAUCGUUACCACACACGGCUACAGAGGACGUUGCAAUAGCUGGUCAGGUGAUUCCAAAAAACUCCAUUGUGAUGGGAUUCCUAACGACAUCACAUUUAGACCCCGAAAACUUUUCUCAACCAUACGAGUUCCGCCCAGAAAGAUUUAUUGACGAAGUUACUGGGAAAAUAUCAAAGAAAGACCAUUUAAUUCCUUUCUCCAUAGGUCCAAGAAUAUGCCCCGGGGAGUCUUUAGCUAGAACGGAAAUGUUUAUCGUGUUUUCUAACCUCAUUCAAAAGUUUCGUUUUAUGAAGGUGUCAGAGACAGAUGUAUUGAAUUUUGAAGGCUUAAUAGGAAUCACUACGUGUGCUCAUCCAUACAGAUUAAAAGUCCAAAUGCGGAAGUAAAUGUAACAAUACAUGUAUAUUGUACCUGUAAUAUAUUCAUGAAUUGUUUUAUUAUAAUGUAUGCGUGAGUGCGAUGUAAAAUAUAUAUAAAUGUACCCAAGUACGAAUUGUUAAUUCUGUUGCUUUCUUGAAAUAAAAUGAUCUGCAA